AUGUUACAGGAGGUCAACACAAGAUUGGGGGCCUUAGAGCACCAAGUAAGUCAAAUUGCCCAAGCCGUUGGGCAAAUACAUCAACCGGGGCAAUUUCCAAGUACUACAAUUCCAAACCCGAGAGAUUGCAAGGCAAUCUACUUGAGGAGUGGGACAAGCUAUGAGAGUCCUCCUAUGCCCGAGGUGGAAGCUAAGGAAGUGCCGGAAGAAGAGAUAGAAGAAGAGGAGAUAGAGGUGGAAUCACCUAAUAUGCCAUCCGAGGUUCAACCCGAGGCAAUUGUUCUACCUAAGCCAAAGGAAGUCAAAAUUCCUUUCCCUCAAGUGGUGCAAAAGAAGAAGUUAGAUGAGAAGUUUGCAAAAUUCCUUGAGAUCUUCAAGAGGGUGCACCUCAAUAUUCCUCUUAUUGAGGCUCUCCAACAAAUGCCCGACUAUCUCAAGAAGAAGAAGUUGGUUGAUUAUGAAACCGUGAGCUUGACCGAGAAUUAUAGUGCAAUCAUCCAACAAAAGAUGCCGGCAAAGAUGAAGGAUCCGGGGAGCCUCAAUAUCUCUUGGGUGAUUGGGAAUGAUAGGCAAACCAAGGCCUUAUGUGAUUUGGGGGCAAGCAUAAAUCUAAUGCCCCUAAGUUUCUUCCGGAAAUUGAAGUUUGGUGUCUUGAAGCCGACCACCAUAACCCUUCAAAUGACGGAUAAAUCUGUCAAGUUCCCUAAUGGAGUCCUCGAGAAUGUCUUAGUGAGGGUGGAUGAUUUUAUCUUCCCCGUGGACUUUGUCGUCUUCGAUAUAAAGGAAGAUCCAAAUGUCUCUCUCAUCCUUGGAUGA